ACCUCGCAGUCUGCUUGAAAAAACACGAACCACCGCAUAAUUCCCUGCAGUUUCUCACUCAUUUGAUCCUAAGCAAAAUACUAGCAUAAUCCGGGAGUCCUCGUCGAUCACCACCGAUGGCAACCCCGACAGUCGUCUUGCUGCCCGUCUGGGGCGUCGGCCACCUUAUGUCCAUGCUCGACGCCGGCAAGCGGCUGCUUGCCCGCAGCGGCGGCGCCUUGUCGCUCACGGUGCUCGUAAUGCAGGCGCCCACCGAGAGUUACAGGUCCGACGUCGCCGGCCACAUACGCCGUGAGGAAGCGUCUGGUCUGGACAUUCGUUUCCACCACCUUCCCGCCGUCGAGCCCCCGACGGACUACGUGGGCGCCGAGGAUUUCAUCUCCCGUUUUGUGGAGCUCCACGCGGCCCACGUGAAGGCGGCCAUAUCCCGGCUGACGUGCCCGGUGGCCGCGCUGGUAAUCGACUUCUUCUGCACGACGCUGCUCGACGAGUCCCGCGAGCUCGCCGUGCCAUCUUACGUCUACUUCACCGCCAGCGCCGCCAUGUACGCGCUCUUCUUGCGCCUGCCGGCGCUCCAGGAGGAGGUCACCAGUGAGUUCGAGGAGAUGGAAGGCAUGGUCGACGUGCCUGGGCUGCCGCCCGUACCGCCGUCAGCCCUCCCGACGCCGUUGAUGGACAAGAAGAAGCCGGGGUACACAUGGUUCGUGUACCACGGCAGGCGUUUCAUGGAAGCCCGGGGCGUCAUCAUUAACACGGCUAGCGAGCUGGAGCAGAGCGUUCUCGCUGCCAUCGCUGAUGGCCGGUGCACGCACGGAGUCCCUGCCCCGACGGUCUAUCCAAUAGGCCCCGUGGUCUCCUUGAACCCGCCAGCGGAGCAGCCGCACGAGUGCGUGCGGUGGCUCGACGCGCAGCCUCCAGCAUCCGUGGUACUCCUCUGUUUCGGCGGCGGAGGGUUCGCCACCGCGACGCAGGCGCAUGAGAUAGCCCACGGGCUGGAGCGCAGCGGGCACCGCUUCCUGUGGGUGCUGCGUGGCCCGCCAGCAGCCGGCACGCGACAACCCUCGGACGCGAACCUCGUGGAGCUGCUCCCGGAGGGGUUCUUGGAGAGGACAAAGGAGAAGGGCAUGGUGUGGCCGACGAGGGCGCCGCAGAAGGAGAUACUCGCCCACGCCGCCGUGGGCGGCUUCGUGACGCACGGCGGGUGGAACUCCAUCCUGGAGAGCCUGUGGUUCGGAGUGCCGAUGGUGCCGUGGCCGCUCUACGCUGAGCAGCACCUGAACGCGUUCACUCUGGUCGCCUACAUGGGCGUGGCCGUGGCCAUGGAGGUGGACAGGAAGAGGAACAAUUUCGUCGUGGGCUCGGAGCUGGAACGAGCUGUAAAGGCGCUCAUGGACGGCGACUCUGACGAAGGGAGGAAGGCGAGGGAGAAGUGCACGGAGAUGAAGGGUGCCUGCAGGAAGGCCGUCGAGGAGGGAGGAUCCUCCUACUCUGCACUGUGCAGGCUCUCCCAGGAGAUGCGCGAAGGCGCAGUGCGCACGAAUAUGUAAUGUGAAGGCCGAACACUUCUUUAUGCAGUGAUGCAGGAGCAGGACGAAGAUGAACUUGGAGACCUUGAGUUUUUUCUUUUCUUUUUUGAGCUUGCGUGUCUUUUAAGCAUAGAACUCGAGUCUUCUGUGCUUCCAGAUUUGCAGUUCUUGUUCUGCCGAGUCAUUAGCCUGGAAUUUGAUGUUAAAGUAGUUGCCUAGCUAUACGGUAAUCCUAGACGUACGGAUCAUUUGCCUACGGAAAGACUUACGGACUGACGUGGAACGUCCUGGUUGGUUUGGUAUGGAUUCUUUGCUUAAAAAUCGGAAACUGUUUCCCUGCGUGCUGUGCAAUCGUGAGCCCGUAAGUGGUUUCCGUAAAGAAAAUAUCCGUAGGUGUAGCAUUACUCCUAGCUAUAUAUGUAUAGGUCUCUAUACUAUGUAUUGUACCCGGAUUACACCUCUGUACCGGUGGCCUGUAUGUCUACCCAUAUAUAAUGCCAUGAUGCGGCUCGUGUUAGGGUUACACUGCCCAUAUGUUUUCAUAUUUGACUGGUCCAUAAAAAAUGGCCGACAACUUGGAAUA